UUUCAUCGCAGAAAUGAUGCUCCUGCGUUCGAUGCCCGAUUAUGGCAAUUUUUGCAGACACAAAGAACGGAUGAUUGGAGUCAUCUCAUCACACCAGCAUCUGUCAAGGCCCUGGCGGACGUGGCUGUGGAAAUGACCGAUCUGUUUUUAAGCUGCCGCAUUACAUUGCGCACUCGAACAAUUAGCAUAUAUGCAAAUCCAGAGACAUCUGGAAAGAUUGAUUCGGUCUUUGAUCGUGCCACCGCGAUACUAGGCAUUCCGGCUGAAUUGCCACUCCCCGAGGAAACCAGUGAACAAGAAAAUACCACCCUCGUAUCGAGAUUGUCGGACAUUAUUUGCUACGGAUCAUACAGUUGGGGUGCACCCCCGUCGUGGGUGGCCAUUGAACAAUCGCUUCUGUCUUUUGCUUUGCCUCACUGCCGGUUUGUGUCAACGGGCAUCAUAGAAUCACAUCCGAUCCUUAGAAGCGCCGAGCACAGAAAGUGGGUGGCAUCGAGGGGCCUCCAGGUUCUGUAUGUUCAUGGCAAGGACCAGAAGCUGGUAGCGGAAGCGGCAGAACAGGUGUUUCUUGCGUGGCAAAGACAACAGCAUGAUAUGAAACUAGAUGGCGCCAACGUACUCUCGUUUGCAUUCUCCAACUGUGAUCCAGAGCGCAGCUCGAUGAGCGCGAUGGCCAGCGCUCUCAUAGUUGAGACUACUCACCGGUUGCCCAUGGGAGAGGUGGGCAUACAGCGCCAGCUCCUAGAGAAUCAAUUCUCGCUGCAACAUGGAUGGACUGCUAAAGAUGUGCGAAACCUCUUGAGGUGUAAUAUGCGGCUUUUAACUAACACGAAUACCGCGAUGCUGUUUUUGCGGGAUCUUGAUGCCUGCGGUACUUCCAAUAGCCGAAUGGGUUACUUGAAGGCCAUAGCCCAGGGUAUCAGCUUCACUGACGCACCAAUAAAGCUUCUCAUAACAUCCACAACCCCUGAUGUCUUGACAAAAGAGCUUGAUAUCUGUGUUCCCAAUAUGACCCUUCACUCUUACAGAGUGGGGCAAGAGCCAAGUGACAAUGCACCAACAAAAGACUCUAACCAGAGACUGACCUUGCGUUUUUGCCCCAACGGACAUGGGGAGACUUUCUUUCAGGAACGCCUGCAGGAGCUGAUUCCCAUGAAUCGAGAUACCCUAUGUGCCAUCGUGGAAACAGUUUCAUGUUACACAGGGUGGCCGAAUCGUCGAUCCUCACAGACACAUGCACGAUUCUGUGAGCUGCUGGGCUCUGUUACAGUAUCAGACACAGUGGAAAGUGUUCUCGAUAACAUACUACGAUCAAUUCCAGAUACCGAGCAGCUUCGAUCAACGCUCAUAUGGGUAUUGUGCGGAUCCCGACCCCUCACACCUCGCGAGCUGACAGCACUCUGUUUUUAUUCAAUUGAGGGAGGACAUGUUCAGCUCACCACCCACCAUCCUUCCAGCGCUGAUCUGUUGCAAUUAGCUUCGUGGCAUCAGACCUGGCUCACCGGACUGCUGGAAUUCAGCCACGGCCAGGUUUGCCUCCGUCAAGAUGUUUUGCGCGUUUUCCAAAGCGGUGGUGAAUAUAUAUGGGCUGAGAUCCAAUCCACAGCACCCGAAACAACGUGCACGUUCUUGAAUCGCUUCUUGACCUCAAAAAUAAUCCAGAGUCGCCUCACUGACAUCUACAGAAAGUAUCAGGAGAGAGUCAUUUCAUCUAAGAAGCAAAUCACUCCGCCGGUGAUUCCUGAUCGCCGGGACAUAAUAUAUUAUGCAACCGAAUCUUUUCCUUACCACUUAUCCAAAGCCCCCUCAGUGCUUAAAACACUACUUCCAGUUCUGUUCCAGCCUAACGGACCAUUAACCCCUUGGGCACAUCUGUACUGGGCCAUGCAGAACCCCUUUUCACGACCCAAGAUGGGAGAUCUGGACUCCGCGGGCGCAACACUUCUGGCACUAGGGGACCAUAGUUCUAGGCUCUAUAAACUCCUGAGUGAAACCGGACACGAUCUUCCUACUCAGGUGGGAAGCCUUUCAGAGGCCAUGCGGAGAGGUGACGAGGAUGCGGUCCUUCACAACCUGGACAGAUCCCCCGGUCCUGAGAAUAUUUCGGUCCUCUGGAGAGCAGUAUAUCUGGACAUGAGGCGCGUGGUCGAUGCCCUCCUGGACGCGGGAAUGAGUCCGGACCCCUCGUAUGAUCCUGCGAUAUUCGAUCCAUCCCCGCUGUACAUGGCGUGCAAGCUCAACCAUCUCGAAAUCGUGCAGAGCUUGCUCAAGAAAGGUGCCAAUAUCAAUGUCCUUAGAAGUGAUACGUUUGGGAUUCUAUAUAUAGCAACUGUUCACGGGAACGACGAUGUUAUAAAAGCGAUUGUAUCCAGGGACAACGGACUCCUGGAUGCCCCCCGACCAUGGACGCCCCUCUAUGUUGCAUCUUGCAGUGGCCUGUGGAAAGUGGUCGAAACCCUGGCAUCUCUCGACGCUAACAUGGAUCUCCCGGGUCGCGGGCAUGAGGGGGCAGAAGUGCGGCCCUUGGCUGCUGCUGUCUCCUUGGGUCGCUUCAAAACCGUCCAAGCUCUCCUAGAGAAUGACGCCGAUCCCAAUCCGAUCGGGCCCGGCGGCAGGAUCACAGCCUUGGAGGUUGCGAUUCAGGAGUUAAGCCACCCGGAUUGUAUUCGCCUGCUCCUCGAUCAUAAUGCGAAUCCAAACCAUGAGCUCCACGAUCCGACCUUGUUGGUCCGGGCUAUUGUGUCUGGGAUGCAACUCAGCAUCAGGCUCGAAAUCAUGGAUAUUUUGGUGAGCCAUGAGUCUGCUGCUGUUGAUAUCAAUGCUGUCGGCAGACCCUCGUCUGGAAUGACCCCAUUAAUGCACGCAGCAGCAGCUGGGGAUCGGGAAACGGUGGACUGGUUGUUGGACCACCAAGCCAAUAUUGCCUUGGUGGAUCUGAAUGGACAGAAUGCACUGUUCCACGCCGUCGGAGGACAUCAUGUUGGCGCUGUACAGGUCCUACUAGGCCGAGGCUCUCCACUCGCCGAGAAAAACAACGAUGGAUGGACGAUGCUUGAGCUCGCUCUCCAGGACGCUCAGAUUCUCGAGCUCUUGUUGAACGCGGGCGUCGAUCCGGAAGUAGAAAUGGGUGGAUUGACGGCCAUCAACAGGGCCUCCUCUGCCGGUAACGUUGAAGCGGUCCGUCUGUUGGUCAAGCGAGGGGUGAACAUUCACCAUCGGGAUUCCUUUGGCUGGAGUCCCAUACUCGACGCUUCCGGAUACAGCCCCAACGAGGAGAUUUGCCGGAUCUUGAUGGAAGCUGGCGCCAAGCUGACGGACACAACCAUAUUCUCAAGGUGUUGCUCGAAUAUCGUGGGAUGCUCGGGCUGGAGGCGCAGGAUGCCAAUCAGGACACCGCGCUCACGCUUGCGGUUCGGUGCAAUCAAUCCGAUUGCAUCCCACUGCUUCUUCGGGCCGGCGCUGACAUCAACACCAAGUCCGACAAGGGAUGGACGGCGUUCCUCUGCGCAGUGGCCCUAGAGCGACCACCGGAAGUAAUUGACCUCUUUCUGGCGCAGCCGAGUCUCCAGAU